GCUCGGACAUGGUACACAAGAAGAUGGAGACGCCGCUAUUUUGAACUACUUCUGAUGAAACAUUGAGGAAAAGUAAUCAAAACAUUUCAUUUCUUAGCAUUAAAACAUCAAAAUGAUUUCCGAAAGCAUUAGUGUGAUGCGGAAGAUCUUCCAAGGUCUUCGAGCAGACGAGGAUUUCUACAAUCGCCUCAGCAACAGAUGGACGGUCAUUCUGUUGAUUGUCUUCUCUCUGUUCAUCAACAUGAAGCAAUACGCAGGGUCACCAAUCAUCUGCUGGGUCCCAAAGCAUUUCCCAUCGUCCUGGAAGAAGUACACAAAUCAGAUGUGUUUUAUCGAGCCGAUGUAUCACGUGCCCUUUCAAGAGAGGAUACCAGAUCCUGACUUGCCAACGCCUCAUUUUACAUAUUACAUUUGGAUCCCUCUCGUCCUUCUUGUCCAAGCCGCCAUGUUCUAUGUUCCAAGAGCGAUUUGGCGCCUCAUGUGUGGAUCGGCUGGGGUUAACGUGAGAAGUAUUGUACUCAUCAUGGAAAAAGAAGAAAAUAUGAAUAAUGAUAAAAGAAAAGGCAAUGUCGAUCUGGUGACCAGGUAUCUUGAAAGAUUUUUGAUGCGAUCGCGGAAAUACAAGUUAGAUUGUAAGGGAUACGUGAGACGCAUUCUUGUUGGCUACUGGUGUUUUUGUGUUGGACGUGCCAAGGGUAAUUAUCUCUUCUUCCUAUUCUUGUGGUGCAAAGUACUCUACGUUUUAAACAUCAUUGGACAGAUGUUCUUGCUGAACGCUUUCCUCAGCACCGAUUUCCAUUCCUUUGGCACAGAGAUCAUGGCAGACAUAAUGCAAUGGCGGGACUGGACAGAAACGAUGCGGUUCCCCAGGGUUAUUCUUUGUAACCUGAAGAUCCGCGUCCUGGGUGGAAACAUCCAUCGCCAUACACUCCAAUGUGCGCUGCCCGUGAACUAUUUCAACGAAAGAAUCUAUUUGUUCAUUUGGUUCUGGUUUUUGUUUCUAACCGUUGCCACAAUUAUGGGUUUCUUCGUCUGGCUCAGCAUGGUAUUUACUAGGGAAAGGCAGCACUUUAUGGUUAACUGCUUAAAGAUUAAGGGACUUAUAAAGAGUGGAUACAAGCCACACAGAGAAGAUAUUAGGGAGUUCGUGGAGGACUACCUAAGAAUGGACGGUGCGUUCCUCCUGAAGCUCAUGGCUAGGAAUACCAGCGAUAUAGCAGUGGCAGACGUAGUAUGCAAACUGUUCAAAAGGUUUCAGAACAGAAAAUACAACAACAACUUUGAUAACGAUGGCGAAGGUAUUCCAAUGACUGAAAACGAAGCACCUGGCCGACCAAAUGGAACGUACCCGAAACUACCAGAACAUCAAGACUGA